CGAGAAGAGGAAGCUAACUCUGACACACUCACUCACUCAUCCUCAUUCCUCUCUCUCUCUCUCUCUCUCUCUCUCUCUCUCUGUAUCUGACACACACAUCUCUCUAUCUCUCUGUCACACACUUGCUCAAACACACGCUCUCUCUCGUGCGCGCGAGCGUGCCGUCUGAGGCGAUAAGCAGCUAGAAGGCACGCAGGCGGCUUCUUGAGCAGUGACUUCAUGGCGGAGGGAGUGACAUCACUGGGCGGGCUGAACGGGACCUUGGCCCCCCCGGAUCCCGCCCUGGCAGGGGGGGGCGACCCCCCGACAGAUGUGUGGAGGGUGGUACAAAUGGUCAUCACCGUGGUGAUCUUCUUGGUGGGGAUCCCCCUGAACGGGCUGGUGGUGUGGGUGCUGGGGGUGCGGGGGGGCCGGCAGGGGGGCCCCGGGGGGGAGGAGCCGCGGGGCGCCGGGACGUUCCGGAUGUACGUGGUGCACCUGGCGCUGGCGGACCUGCUGCUGGUCCUGCGGAUCCCUCUGAUGCUGGGCUACCUGGCCGCCCACUACAGCUGGCCCUUCGGCCUGGCCGUGUGCCGGCUGGUCAUGUUCCUGCGCGGCCUGGGCCUCUACGCCAACGCCUUCCUGCUGUGCGCCAUCUCGGCCGAGCGCUGCCUGUGCCUGCUGCACCCCGUCUGGUUCCGCAUGCGCCGCCCCCGCUGGACCGUCCCGCUCGUGUGCGCCCUCCUGUGGCUGCUGGCCACCGUGCUCAGCACCCCCUACCUCGUCACCAGCGCCGUCGUGCCCCGGGCCAACCGCAGCCAGUGCCUGGAGAGCAGCGGCUCCGCGCCGGGACUCCUGAUCACCGAAACCGUGCUCGGCUUCAUCCUCCCCCUGCUCCUCUUCCUCACCAGCAACCUGGCUGUGCUGGUGACCGCCAGGCAGGCAGGGGGCGCUGUGCCCACUUCCCCCACCACCGCGCCCACGUCCAAGCGCAUGGUGCGGCUGUACCGCGUGCUCUUCCUCACCAUGCUCCUCUUCCUCACCUGCUGGGUGCCCUACUUCACCUUCCGCUUCCUGCUGAGGCUGGCGGCGAGCCAUCCGGACCGGGCGUGGCUGCUGAGCGCGUCCGUGAGCGGCGUGUACGUCUCGCUGUACCUGGUGUACGCCAAGAGCGCGCUGAACCCGGUGAUCUACGUGUUCGCCGCCCGCGGGCUCAGCCGCACGGUGCGCGCCUCCGUCUUCUCCGCCGUGGACCGCAUCUUCAACGAGGACACGUCCGACUACGCCCGGCGACGGUCGCUACGCAGGACCGACUCGCAGAUCUAGGGCCGCUGAGCCCGGCUG